AUGCCGCGCCGCGGCCUCGCCCACGCCGUCGCCCUGGCCCUCGCCCUCGCCUUGGCGCUGGCCCUCGCCGCCUCGCCCGCCCGCGCCGCCGCCGGGAGCUCGCUGCCCGUCAGCGCCUUGAACCGCUCCGACGCCGCGCCGCCCACUGACGCCCCCGACGAGAACGUGUUCGCCGUGGGCGACGACGUGCUGCUUCACAUCUCGCGCGCGCGCGGGGGCGGCGGGCCGCCCUUCGGGCCCGCGGGCGACGCCCCGGCGGCCGCUCCGGCGACCGCCCUGCCCUCCUCCGCCUGGGACGACGCACAGCCCUUCAACGUGUCCGACCUCGACGACUUCUUCCACGCCUUCGACCCCUACCGCCUGGGCACCGUGCUGGCCGUCCCGCAGAACGUGAGCGCCGCCUGCAACGCGACCGUGCACCAGUACGUGGCCGGGCUCAAGUCCACGGAGAAAUGGGCCGUGAAAAAAGCAUCAGUGGUCUUGGAUAAACGUGAAAACCAGUUGGAACCAAAUGAGAGUUCGCUGUACCAACAGUGUCACAGCGCCCACCGCUGUGAAUCAAAUAGAGUUCGCUGA